CAAUAUAUUAAGAACCUGUAUCAUACAAUUUAAAAUCGUUAGUUUUUUUUUUAAUUUAUUCAUAUUUGUUCUGUGUAACGUCUUUAUUGCAGACUAAAGGUAAUUCGAUACGUGAGAAUUGCUUACAUCUUAACAGGAAAAGUCGUCUAAAUUAAUUAAGUAGUAAACACAUGUAUAUGAAAUCGAGGAAGGUAUUAAGAAAAGUGAAGAAAAAUGAUAUAUUUAAUUUGUGAUAUAGUUAUAGUAUGAAGUGUUAUUUAUUUCUCUAAUAAUGGAGGAUGGAAGAAAGUUGCAGUAUGUGGUCACAUGUGCCGUAUCUAUACUAACGUCAACUACGGGUUUCGUUAAUACAUGGGCAACACCAAUGGUAAUGAAGAUUUUGCUGAGUGAAACCGAUUUUCAAUUUGAUGAUGAGGAAAUGAAAUGGUUCUUCAGGAUAGCACCAAUAGUAUUGGUGGUUGGAACUGUGCUCGCAGGAUACAUUUGCGAUAAAUUUGGCCGACGUACUAUAUUAUUAACUGCUAUAGUGAUCGCCGCUUUUGGAUCGAUUUUUGCUGCAUUAUCUUCAGCAAUAUGGAUGCUGUAUAUAAUGGAGAUUCUUUGGACAUUCUCAUUGGCUAUAGUAUGGAAUGUUGGAAAUAUAUAUAUGGCAGAAAUAGUCGACCCCGAUAUCCGCGGAGGUCUGACUUUGGCGACAAGAUUUAUGUACUAUUUAGGAAGUCUCUUAAUGGUAUUGAUAGGAGAAGCGGUAUCUUAUAGAGCUUUAAAUAAUUGGAUUAUAAUUCCACCUUUGCUGUCUUUAGCGGCGAUUUACCCAAUACCAGAGUCACCUUAUUAUCUAUUGAAAGUGGGGAAAGAGGAUCAGGCUAGAAAGGAAUUGUCUAGGUUGCAGCAAAACUCGAGAACUGAGGACAUUGAUACUCAAUUUGAAAAAAUGAAGAUGCAUGUCACAAUGGAGAUGCAAAACCCUAGUUCGUUCUUCAAAUUCAUUAGCAAUAAAAGGUAUCGAAAAGCUCUGAUUAUCACAUUCGGUUUAAAGUUGUUUUAUAUUUUGUCGGGAACAGCAGUGAUACAAGGAUUAUACCGCACAAUACUUAAAGAAGGGGACAUGGAUUUGACCCUUACAAACAUGAUUCAGAUAGAUGUGGGGAUAAAAGUUGGUGUUGAUAUACUCUCUGCCUUACUAGUGGACCGAGUGGGUCGUCGCAUUCUUCUCUUGUGGUCAUUCAUCGGAUGUAGCCUGUCAAUUGCCGUUAUUGCACUAUACUUUGGAGUCCGUGAUUAUUAUACUCAGGCGAUCCAAUCCAUUGGUUAUAUAACUUUUGCUGCUCUUAUUAUAUUUCUCAUAUCAAAUUCAUUUGGUUUAGCCUCUAUUAAAGAAGUCAUAGAAGUAGAGUUAUUCCCUCUUAAUGUAAGAGUAAUGGCUGUUGUGACUCUUUAUGUCUUUGGAGUAAUUGACUAUCCAUUACAGAUAGGUUUUAUGAAAUUUGAGGACUCAGCUGGACGCGUAAGUGUGUUUUGGACGCUUGCUGUAAUUGCAAUCCUUGGAUUUAUUUUUACAUACUUCGUCCUACCUGAAACGAAACGUAAGAGUUUGAAAGAAAUUCAAGAGAUGCUUCGAGGUGAUGAUAAUGUAAGCGAACAAGAAAUGACAACAAUACAAGAGAGAACAGAGAGGUUUAGAGAUAGAGUAAUAUCUGGUUAGAGUAAUAUCUUGUAGAAUAAUUGUUGAAUUAAAUAAAUUUGUUAUAACGUCUUUA